UCCCAUCUUUUGCAUCUCAUGCAACAAAAAUAAUUUAUCAAGAGUAACGGACGCUGCUACGAAGGACAUGUUUAAUAUUAGACAUUGUGUUUUAAAAUACCUUGCUUUGAUACGGAGAAGUGUGAGUUAUUUGGGGGGAUAAGAUUGUGUCACCCUUGUUGUUCUUGUCAGCCACUGACAAGUCCAAAGUUCGUCAGUGCAGAUCUCCAGGCUGAACAAAAACUUUCUGUCCAUGCUCCAAUGGCGUGUUGUUCAGCAACAGCCCUUCACUGCUGUCUCAACAAUGAAAAGUGGAUAGCUUCAACCACUGACUGAAGAAUGGCAAGGUUUAGGCGCAAAUCUUGCAUCACAUUAAUUGCCUUGGUGUUGCUUGUGCUCAUAAUAACAGUGAUCUUGAAGGCGCUAACUCCGGAGGACUCUACUUUCAGCAGCCCUGUGGGUGUUGAGCUGUUCCUGGACAGAAACGAUGAGACGCAUAGAGAAAGCAACAAUAAACCUGACCAGAUCAAAAUGAAUGACUCCACUAAGUCAGAGAAAGACACGGAACUGGAAGCUACACUGAGGAAGUUCCCUCCUCCAAAUUACUAUCUACAUGCCUUCUACUAUUUGUGGUAUGGGAACCCCAAGUUUGAUGGCAAAUACAUCCACUGGGACCACCCACAACUGCCGCACUGGGACUUUAAGGUGGCUCAGGGGUAUCCACAGGGGCGACACAGCCCACCUGAUGACAUCGGGUCCAACUUCUACCCCUCUUUAGGGGCUUACAGUUCCAAGGAUCCCUCUGUUAUAGAAGCACAUAUGCAGCAGCUGCGUACAGCAGCCAUUGGUGUAAUUGCUGUUUCCUGGUACCCUCCUAACAUGAAGGAUGAAAAUGGCGACAUGAUGGAUGACAUUGUGCCUUUGCUGCUGGAAGUUGCAAAUAAAUACCACAUUAAGGUAGCAUUUCACAUUGAACCAUACAAAGGAAGAGAUGAAGUCAACAUGUUCACUAAUGUCAAAUACAUCAUUGAGAAGUACGGUGAGCACCCCGCUUUCUUCAAGUACCGGACAAACACCGGCAAGCUUCUUCCACUCUUCUAUGUGUAUGACUCAUAUCUGCUUAACUCAGAGCAGUGGGCCAAACUGCUAAAACACACAGAGAGCAACAGCAUCAGGGAUACUCCUUAUGACGCCAUCUUCAUUGCCCUUCUGGUUGAGGAGAAACACAAGAGGGAUAUCCUGACUGCAGGUUUUGAUGGUGUGUACACCUACUUUGCUACUAAUGGUUUUUCUUACGGGUCCACCCAGCGGAACUGGGAAUCAAUUAAAGCUUUCUGCGAGGAUAACAAUCUGAUGUUCAUCCCAAGCGUCGGCCCGGGCUAUAUUGACACAAGCGUCCGACCCUGGAACUUCCAAAACACUCGAAACCGAAUCAACGGCAAAUACUAUGAAAACUCGCUGAGCGCCGCACUAGAAGCCAGGCCUGAUUUUAUUUCUAUUACAUCGUUUAAUGAAUGGCACGAGGGGACUCAGAUUGAAAUGGCAGUUCCCAAAACGAGCCAGACUGUGUAUCUGGACUACCUGCCCAAUAAACCUGCCAUCUACCUUGAGAUAACUCGCAAGUGGGCUGCGAUAUUUGGUGGCGAGCGACGAAAAUGGCAGGAAUGAUCUGACCAAGAGCCAUAGUGGACAUGUAUUCGUGGAUGUACAAAAUAAUUACAUGAAGGCUAAGUGAAGUCCUAGUUGCAGAAUGCACAACAAAAUACACACGAUGAAAAACUGUGUGAGAACAGAUAAAUUAUUUGCAAAGCCACGGACAAAUGAUUAUCUUAAUUUUGGCUGCAGUGAUGUAUGUGAUGUUUUUACAUUUGGGGGAAUUACUGCGUCAGGUAUAACAUGCAGGGUUUUUCCUUAAAAAUAUUGUACAUACUCAUACAAAAACAAUCCCUCUCACUAAUCACUUAAGACUCACUAGAAGUGUCUGGCUGUGUCUGUAUAAGCAGCAGAGAUGCUGUCCUCUGCCUGCCUUUUCUUCUUUUCUUAUUUUGCCUGUCCUGGAAGUUCCUGACUGUCAGCAACUCUAGAGGAAGAUUGUUUUGGGUUAAUGGCUAUUUGACGACCUGAGAAUGAAACUCAAUAAUGGACCAUCUCUCUCGAGAAUCUCUUAAUAGUGCGUUUACAAACAGCAGCCAUCAAAUCCUGCUUUGUAUGCUUUUAAUUUAACUGAUGUCUUAUUACUUCUUGUUUACACAGCCUUGUACAUUUUUGGAUUCAUAGCACAAUAAGCAUGUUUUCUCUCCAGCUGAGUAUGUGCAUUGGCAUGAUUCGCCGUCCUGUAAUCUGUGACUAUAUUAAACCUCAAUGGAAAUUAAUAAAAAGUGCACCCUGGGAAGGAAGGAAGGAAAGAAAGAUGCAAAUAAACAAAGCAAUCUGCCGGUGCAAA